AUGACGUUUUCGAGACACGGGUGCAUAUAUUACGCAUCGGAUCUUGAUUUAAAAUUUUGCGACUAUGAAUUGAUUACGACGCAACCAAAUUAUCCUACGGCGGGUAGAAGUGACUCACUGCCAUCUUUCGUAGUCGGACCUUCGGCCAGUCCUCUAUUUUGGGUUAAGCAGAGAGCUAAAAUGAACUUGGAUAGAGGGCCAUGUAUGAUGUUUCAAAAGCCACAACGCUGUUUAAGAGACUCUAUCACAGACCAUGCUGAAGCUAUCGGAAAAAAUGAGAUUCAAUGGGCUGAUUCUCAUUGCCGGCCGAGGAUGAACUACCACCAAUCUAUGGAAUGCCCAGAAACGCCAGGCGAUUACAUCGCUCUUUUCAAGAAAUAUAUAGCCCUUACUCCGUUUCUAGUCCCUGCAAGUGCUGAGCAACUGACCAGGAUAUCGCAUCCAGGCCUGCACCUUGACAAUAUAUUCGUCGACCCAACUCGCAGCAGGCUGCUGUAUCCCCGGCAUUUCUUCAGCGCUCUUAUCCGCAGAUGCUUGAGCUAUCAGCCUCCCCAUGUUCUGCUCAUAAGAAAUUCUUUUGGGGCAUUACUACGAUGCCAUAAAAAAAGCGAUUCUGCAAGAAGGCAAAUUCUCAAUGAUUCACUCCACGAGCUGAAAUUAAACAACAUUUCUUUAGUACCUGCAUAUUGGGAACGGGAAGAGCUUUUUUCUCUUCGCAAUUCCUUGAUCAAUGUUAUCGCGCACUGGACUGAUAUCAAGCAUGAGCCAAAGUUGUGUCCCGUUGAUUUUGGAGAGGAGGAGUUAUUCAUACAUCAAGACGAAAUGAAUCUUUUAGAAGGUAUAUCGGACACUGUUCACCAGCUCCAAGAUACGGGGCUUAUUCCGUUGGGUAUGAUACGGCCCAAGUAUUACGAACGAGUCGUCAAGUUGAAUGAACAUUUUAAAAGCGAGUUUGUCGGUUUGGCUGAGAACGAGCACUAG